AAACUAUCAGCUUUCAAAAACUCCUUUGGCUACUUAUCAGCGAACCAAGCGUUUGCCGAUGCUUUAUAUUCUAGUCUCUAUCUUUUUUACUUUUGUUUCAUGGAUUUUUUAGAUGUAUUUCUCUUCCAAGAAAACGUGUUCAUUUUUGGCUUCUUGGUGGCUGUUUUUCACGAUGUGUCCGUGCUAACUCAUUUUAUAAUUUCGUUGAAUCGAUUUAUAUCUGUUUGGUGUCCGAUUUUCUAUAAAACAAUGUUCAAUUUGAAAUAUACGAAACUAUUUAUUUUUGCCGUUUGGUUGAUUUCGUUUUUAAUCGGAUCGUUAUUUCAUAUUGUUUUAUGUCGCAUUCGGUUCAAUGCAGAUUUAAUAUUAUUCACCAUUAUUCUGGCACCAUCCUAUUGUUUUGAAAUUGGACGAUACGGUGAUUUAUUUCGAAAUUCGUGUAUUGUAAUAAUCAUGAUGAUUUUGGAUGUAUUCACAUUGAUAAAAGUGAAACUGAUUUCCAAUGAAAUAAAGAAAUCUGUCAGCGAGCAAGCGGUCCAACAGUUCACGAGCCGAGAUCGCCGAUUCUUAGCACAAGCCGUAACUCAAGGGUCGCUUUUUCUUCUUGCUACGAUGGUUUUUUUUCCUACACGGUUUUCCGUGAAUUCUUGGGUUACUUUCCUGGGCGGCAAUUCAUGUGGCAGAUGGACUCAUCAUGAUUCUCUUCAACCCGGAAAUAAAAAAACUUAUAUGUAAUAUCAACCAGGUCUCUAGCGGCGUCCUUACAGCUUCAUAGCAAAACAAUAGCCUUUGGGUUUUAUAUGGAACUAAAUAAUUCAUAAAACGUUAAAUUUUCAAAAUAAAACAUUACAUUAUUGA